GCGACGUCUGGAAGUAAACACGACACGUACUCGGGUUACUGCAACAUUUCAGGCUUUUUCUGCCUUUAAAUACAUUUAUUUGAUCAUGAAACUAACCUAAAAGCACAUUCAGCAGGUGGAGAUCAUAUCAGAGAGUAUGAAACCUGACUGACGGUGAUACAUCAUGGAGAAGUUCGGCAUGAGCUUUGGUGGAGGCCCAAGCAAGAAAGAACUCCUGGAAACCAUUGAGGUGCAGAAGAAGCAGCUUGUAAAGUAUCAGACCCGCUUUAAAGAUGUCGUCAGGGCUUACCAAAGCUUGCUUAAGGAAAAAGAAGCCCUGGAAGCCAGUCUGAAGGUUCUGACCAUUUCUCAAGAGGUCGACUUAAGUCAGCGUCUUGAUAACCUCUCAUUUGAUGGAGCUUCAGGAAGCAGAGCUUUGCCUUCUGAUCUUGGAGAUGACCGAUGCUCACUUCAUAGUGAAGACAGCCUGGAUACAGCAGCCUCUGCUGAAACAGCCACUAGUGUGACGAGCAACAGCACUAAAGGAGACCAAACAGAGGAUGACCAAAGCUGUGUUGUUGAUGGAGCCACGGCUGGGGGUGUUGUACACACUUCACCCCAGCAAUCUGAGGAGGCAAGUGGGUCUGAAAGUGGCGUCAGCACCAGCAGCAGUGCAUGUUCAGAGCCGACACCACAAGUGGCAGACACUGAUCGCCGUGUCAUCCAACUGAAGACGCAGCUGUCCACCCUGACCAGUUCCUUGGCCACCGUUACCCAAGAAAAGUCCAGAAUGGAAGCUUCAUUUCAGGCGGACAAGCGGAAGAUGAAGCAGGAACUGGAGGAGCUGCAGGCUAGGCUGGAGGAAGAUCAGAAGCAGCACCAGGCCGAGCUUCAAAGCCUGCAGGAGCAGUUUGCAGAGAGCAAAGCCAGGGUCAUAACCCAGCAGCAUGAACGGGAGCAGGAGCAGGGCGAUCAUGCACUCAUGCUCCGAGAGCUCCAGAAACUUCUGCAGGAGGAGAGGGGACUGAAACAGGAUGCAGAACUCAAACUGGAGGACGCACGGGCGACGUUGGCUGAAGCCAUGCAGGCAGCAGACCGAGGGCUAGAUUAUGAGUCGCAGCUGAAAGAGAUCAUUCAGGAACGGGAGGAGCUGAAGAAGAGCCUGAAGGCUGCAGCGGUGGAGAACAGUAAACCUGACCCACGUGUUGAGGAGCUCCAGCAAGAGAAUGCAGACCUCAAAGCUCACUUCAAUCAGCAACUUCAGCAGGAAAUCAGAAAGGUGGCACAAGCAGAUGAGCUUCUCCGAGAGCAGGCGAAGAUGGAGGAGACCCGAGUUGCAAGUCUUGAGGAGCGAGUAUCUGAGCUCUCUGAACUCUUGGGUGCCUGCGAGAAGGCCAGACAGAAGGACCAACAAAACACUCAGAAGCUACGGGAACGCAUCCUUCAGCUCGACACUGAGAACAAAACCCUCGCCAUCGCUGCAGUCAAUAGGACGACAAGCUCUGAUCUAAACAUGGACGAAAUGAACUUGAACGUAGAUGCGUUAAAGGACAAACUGGAGAAGGUAAAGAAGUUACUCUUACUGGCUGCACAAAGAUCUCAAGACCAGAGCCUAGAUAUUGAGAAGCUGCUGGAGGGAGGAGAAAAGGACCAUGAAGUCUCUGAAAGUGAGAAGGCCUCAGCGCUCCACUACCAACAAGAGCUCCGGCAGAUAAAAGAGGAGUUUGAGCGCUACAAAAUGAGGGCGCAGGGGGUUCUGAAGAACAAGAACACAAAAGAUGGAAACCAGGCCAAAGAGUUAGAAGAAGCACGUGAUCAGUUGGCUGAGCUAAAAGAGAAGUAUAUAAACCUUCGGAUACUAAGCGACGAAGCAGAAGUGAAGCAUAAACGGGACCUGGAGGAGCGGCAACAGGGAAUUGCAGCUCUCCAGCAGACACACAAACAGGAGGUCGAAAAGCUGGAGGCUCAACACCGGGAGAAUUUCGUGAGGCUUGAGGAAGAGUUGCACAAACAGAGAGAUCGCACAAUGGCUCUCCUGGCAGAAAAAGACCUUGAGCUGGAGCGACUCAGGGCAUCCGCAGUGAUGGGCUUCGGAAGUCACCAGAGGCACAUUAUCAAUAGCAGCACAGCGUUGGAAGGUGGUGACCUUGAUGAAGUUGAUCCAGAGCAAGAAGAAAGCGACAUCAUCGCUCAAGCUCUGAAACUAGCCGGGCCCAACGAGCCAACUUUAUUGCUUUAUGCCGAACAGCUGGCACGCAAAGAGGUAGAAGUGGCCGCCCUGCGCAAACAAAAGCAUCGCCUAGAAGAAGACUUGCACCAACUACAAGGGAAGCUAAUUGCUAAUGGCGAGAGACAUGAGGAAGAGCUUGUGGAGCUACGGGGCCAGCUGGACAAGCGUAUUCGGGACAAGGGGAGAGAUGGGGCCAACCUAGAGUAUCUCAAGAAUGUGAUUUAUAAGUUCCUCACGCUCCAAGACACCAGAGGGCGCCAGCAGACUCUCACAGCCAUUUUGACCAUUUUGCACUUUAGCCCUCAAGAGAAACAAGUGGUGCUUAAGCAGCAGCAGCACAGUUGGUGGACGGCAGGAAUGAGAUGAUGCAAACCAGUAUUUAUUUGAUCUGAAGAGAAUUUGUGGUUCUUCUGUCCUAAGAUAAAUAUUGGUUUAUUUUUAUUGACCACUUUUUGUGUGCAGUGUGUACCAAAUAACAGGAGCAAUAUGGUGUAUAUAUACAUAGUCCUACUACAGUAUGAUUACAUGACAGGGAUACUAAACACUUUAUGAAUGGUUUUGAGUCAAGUGUUGAAUAAUGUUAAGAGUUGGACCAUAAUUCAAUACUUCCCUCUAGUGUGUUUUCAACGUAGUUGGGUGCACCAAAAUACUGUUACUGAUUUUGCAUAAUAACUGGCAAGUAAUGCAACACUAUUUGGUUAGACUGAACGGUUAAAUUCCAUAUUAAUCCAAAGAAAAUGCUCUUUAAAGGCACCAACGGGCUUUUAAGAGGGAAACCAGCUAGUAAUGCACUUUUUAUUUAUACAUAUACACAUAUAUAAUCAUUAUGGUGACAUUUAACCAUAGAUUCCAGAGGAUAUGUUGCAUAUAUUUCAGUAAAAUGAUCCGUUGCUUUGAAUUUUCAAGCCAAUAUUAGUUUGAACUUAAUUCAAGAAGAAUUUGAGUUACUUUAAUGUAUAACAAGCUUUUGGGGGAUAAAGUUUAUUUGGAUUUGUGUUUUGCUUGGGCAUUUGAAGACUCCACUGUUAGUUAACCCUUUAUAUAAGCUGUAUAUACACAUUUAGCUUUGUUUCUGUUUGAGAAAAAUCAUUUCACGGUUUCAGUGUUUCAAAUUUUAGCAGCCAGAAUAAAUGUGUAUUUUCAAUCUUUGACCAAAACAAUAAACUACUUUGCUCCCUCAAACAA